UCGCCGUGGAAACAUCAACAAGAUGGCCGUUGCUGCAGUCGAAGGAGCUGUCGCUCCUCCCGUGAAAAAAUAUGGUGGGGUCGUGAUUACUCUGGAUAACGUGCUCCUCCCGCCGGAGAAGCUGAGCCCGUCGCCUUCCCAACAGGAUGGACUGGAUCCGGAGAUCGAAAUGGACCUGAGAAUCCUGGGAUGUGAACUAAUUCAGACGGGAGGCAUUUUGCUUCGACUUCCUCAGGUUGCAAUGGCUUGCGGUCAGGUGUUAUUCCAGAGGUUUUACUAUGCCAAAAGCAUGGUACGCUACUCAAUGGAAACCACUGCUAUGGCAUGUAUUGCUCUGGCCUCAAAAAUUGAAGAAGCUCCUCGCAAGAUCAGGGAUGUUAUAAAUGUUUUUCAGCAUAUUAGACAAGUUAAAAAUGGAAAGACCAUUCAACCUGUGAUUCUAGAUAGUAACUACAUAUCCCUCAAGAACCAAAUUAUCAAGGCAGAACGCAGGUUGCUGAAGGAACUAGGCUUUUGUUGUCAUGUCAAGCACCCCCACAAGAUCAUUAUCAUGUACCUGCGUAUGCUGGAGGCGGAUGACAACCGCCGGCUGGCCCAGUCCUCGUGGAACUACAUGAAUGACGCCUUGCGGACAGAUGUCUUUGUACGGUACAAGCCCGAGACAAUUGCCUGUGCUUGUAUAUGGUUGGCAGCAAGGUUUCUCAAAGUGCCUUUACCUGAACAGCCUCCAUGGUACCUCGUGGUUAAUGUGACACAGGAGAGCAUAGAAGAUGUAGCUGCCUCGAUUCUCCAGUUGUAUACCAGGAAAAAGGUAAAAUUGGAAGCUCUUGAAACCAAAGUUGAAGAGAUUAGGAGAGAGCAACAAGAAGCUAGGUUAAGAAGUAAAGCAGUAGCCUCUUUAGCGACCCCACAGACAAACACCGCCUUCAGUCCUGGCUCCAGAAAUAAUACUCCAAGCAAAAAUACGUCCCCUCAUAAACGUUCUUCGUCUCCAGAAAGAAAUUCUGCAAGGAAAAGAAGUGCUAGUAGUAGCCGUUCUAAAAGUCGCAGCCGCACUCCAUCCAGAUCACCUCAUCGUAGGUCUCGCAAGAAGCACCGUCGGGAUUCUCAUUCAUCACGCUCUCACACACGUUCACGAAGUCGAACUAGAAGCAGAUCAAGGUCACACUCCAGGGAUCGUCACAGAGCAAGCAAGAAGUAUUCUCGUUCGCCUUCACCGACUGUCACCCCACCCCCACGGUUUACCAAGCACAAGGAUAAAGGGCCUAUUGUUAGGUCACGUUCUAGAUCACAUUCCCGUUCUCCCCAAAGAAAUUAUGAGAAGUAUGAUCGCUUUGAAAAGGAAAGAUAUCCCAAAAAUGAUCGUUAUGAGAAGAAUGACAGAUACAGAGAAGAGAAGUCUAGCAAGUAUGAAGUUAAGGAAAAAGGGGACAAAUAUGCCAAUAAGUACAGCAGUAGUAAGUAUGAGCGUUACGAAGUUGAUAAGAAAAAAUAUGAGAGGGAAGACAAAAAGUAUUAUGAUAAUGGAUUUGGUAAACCUCAUAAAACUAAGAAGAAUGGUCGCCAUAGAUCUAGAUCUCGAGAUAGACGACGGUAGGUAAGCUAGGCCAUUGUUUUUUUUUUUAGGUGAUAAAUCAAGAUGAGCAUAUCAAGCUCACAUUUGGUGCAAUGAAGAAGUGCUUCAUUAUUUUAUUGAAGAAGCUUGUCUUGAAAUUUUUAUAUGUUAAACUUUCUUCAUAAUUCUGACUGGAAUGAAACAGCUGUCUACCCCUUGUAUUACAAAUUUUAAAACUGUAAAAUAAGGAGAGAAGUAAUGUUUGUGUAAGAGUUGGCUAAUUGUGUUACCAAGAGCUGGUAUUAGUAAAAUUUAGGAAUUAUUUUACUGAGAGGAAAGUCAUUAGUUUGAUCUUUUUGUGCUGAAGUACUUUUCACAAACUUAAUUUCUAUAAUUUAAUAUUUGUUGUGAAUAAAUGAGGGAGAUAGCGCUGGUUGAAUGCUUUUAAAAGAGUUUCUCGUGCCUGUGAAUGAGUCUGUACUAUGUUAAUUCUAGAUGUAGUCAAGAGUUAUAUGUUAUACAAGAAAAAAGUAUCUUUUGUCUCAGUGAAAAUGUUAGCUGUAUAGACUUGGUUUUUUAACUGUGAUCAUGUAUAUAGAUACAAACCAAGUUUAACUUAUUGUAAUUUUUUUUCGUAAACAUGUAUAUUUACAUUUUAUAUAUACUAGAAAAUUAAAACUAUUUUUAUUACAAC